AUGUCUGCCUCGAAAUUUUCCACUACAGAGUACUAUGAAGAGGUCGAGUACUAUCGAAAAACGAGUAGUCCCCGAAAAAACCGUUUACUUUCUGGAACUGAUCGUCGAUUCGCCGAACAUGACCUCCAGGAUACGUCGUACAUCGAUUAUCCAAACAAUUCGAGGCCAAAUAGUGCACGAAUAGCUCCUGAUCCCUAUUCGAGCUCUUGGACACCUCGUCCUGCCCCGGAUUCUCAAUUCUUCAACGUUGAUCGUCGUUCUGGAACGCAGGAGAGCCGAAUCUAUGAUUCAAGACCGAUCCGACCAAAUUUCGAUACAAGCUACGAAACUUACUAUCGACAGCCCUAUAACCCUGAAGAGCUCACCUAUAGGUACAGUAACCGGCCCGUUUACUGUCCUGGCUAUUAUAAUGAGGAUUACGGUAGGACUCCCACAAUUCCUGCUUUCUACUCAACUCGUGGCAGAGUCGAUUUGAACGAGUCGGGCACCGAGAACUCGAUCUACAAGAAAUACAGCCGUUCUCGCAGCUUACCGCCAUCAAAUUUUCGUCAGCCGGAAUCCUGGAAGGCACACGAGACAAUGAAUAAGAAUUUUUAUCAAAAUCAUUCACCUAAAUUUUUGACUUCUGAAAACCACUCAGCUCCGAGAUUCCCGUAUUCAAGAAUAUCAAAUUUUUACUAUGAAUCCCCGAAAUGCUAUCCACAUUACAGUUCUGGACAGUCACGGGACUUGUCCCUACCGAUAACGACUCGCUAUUCGUGUUUGAACUGCUAUGAUGGCUUGCUAGGAGGCUUUUGUGAAACUUGUGGAAAAUUUGGAAGAGAAUCGUCUCAAUCAGUGCAGUGCCAUCCAGAUCCAUCGAAAAUCGAGCCAUUUCGUAAUUACGACAAGAAUGAGUACACGGAUUCGAGG